GCCCAUGGAGCCACAGCUGCUCCUCCUGCUCCUUGGGUUCUGCUCAGCCGGCCUCGUCCUGGGCUCCGAACAUGAGACCCGCCUGGUGGCAAAGCUAUUUGAAGAUUACAACAGUGUGGUGCGGCCAGUGGAAGACCACCGCCAGGCUGUGGAGGUCACCGUGGGCCUGCAGCUGAUCCAGCUCAUCAACGUGGAUGAAGUAAAUCAGAUUGUGACAACCAAUGUGCGACUGAAACAGCAAUGGGUGGAUUACAACCUAAAAUGGAAUCCAGAGGAGUAUGGCGGCGUGAAAAAAAUCCACAUUCCCUCAGAAAAGAUCUGGCGCCCAGACCUCGUUCUCUAUAACAAUGCAGAUGGCGACUUUGCCAUUGUCAAGUUAACCAAAGUGCUCCUGGACUACACCGGCCACAUCACAUGGACACCCCCGGCCAUCUUCAAAAGCUACUGUGAGAUCAUCGUCACCCACUUUCCCUUUGACGAACAGAACUGCAGCAUGAAGUUGGGCACCUGGACCUAUGACGGCUCGGUGGUGGCCAUCAACCCGGAAAGUGACCAACCAGACCUAAGCAACUUCAUGGAAAGUGGAGAAUGGGUGAUCAAGGAGUCCCGGGGCUGGAAGCACUGGGUGUUCUAUGCCUGUUGCCCCUCCACCCCCUACCUGGACAUCACCUACCACUUUGUCAUGCAGCGCCUACCCCUCUACUUCAUCGUUAACGUCAUCAUUCCCUGCCUGCUCUUCUCCUUCUUAACCGGCCUGGUGUUCUACCUGCCCACAGACUCAGGAGAGAAGAUGACUCUAAGCAUCUCAGUCCUGCUGUCCUUAACCGUGUUCCUCCUGGUCAUCGUGGAGCUGAUCCCUUCCACCUCCAGUGCCGUGCCCUUGAUUGGGAAAUACAUGCUGUUCACCAUGGUGUUUGUCAUAGCGUCCAUCAUCAUCACCGUCAUUGUCAUCAAUACACACCACCGCUCCCCCAGCACCCACGUCAUGCCCGACUGGGUACGCAAGGUUUUUAUCGACACUAUCCCAAAUAUCAUGUUCUUCUCCACAAUGAAAAGACCAUCCAGAGAAAAACAAGACAAAAAGAUUUUUACGGAAGACAUUGAUAUUUCUGACAUUUCUGGGAAGCCAGGGCCUCCACCCAUGGGUUUCCACUCUCCCUUAAUCAAACACCCUGAAGUAAAAAGUGCCAUUGAAGGAGUCAAAUACAUCGCAGAGACCAUGAAGUCAGACCAGGAGUCCAAUAAUGCGGCCGAGGAAUGGAAGUAUGUUGCAAUGGUGAUGGACCACAUUCUCCUUGGAGUCUUCAUGCUCGUCUGUAUCAUUGGAACCCUGGCCGUGUUUGCAGGUCGGCUCAUUGAAUUAAAUCAGCAAGGAUGAGCAGCGCUGAGCACUAGGCGGAGCAGAGAAAGGCGGGGAAGACAGAAAUAUCUGUCUGCUUUGAUACAAGCUCACUUAUC